CCCUAAGUCUUGGCCGCAACGCGUCCUUUGUCCCGCCUCGUGAAAUCAACUAUCGCUCGCACGUAAGCGAUUGAACAAGCGCAGAGCUAAGUGCCACGUCCUGCAAAAUACUCCGCACUUGCAUACGCCCCCCCGCAUCGAGUACACGGGAAAAUCAUAGGGUUGGAGCCGAGCAGGGCAUUCUUCCAAUGCAAUCAACUGGCCCCAUCCGAUCCCGUGCCUCCCUCACGCCCGCCACCGGAGUCCGUUUGAAAACAUUCGUGGGGAAUGUUUAUUUAUUAUUCUUGGCGCCACUUAUGAUCGGCGUCGCACUCCGUCGACCUGAAAGGCCGAGAUCCCUCACUGGCUUGGAGCGGGAUUUCUCCCCAUUGGGAAUUCCAUGUCCCUCAUUUCAGAGGUGUGAAACUCAUGAAAUUCCGAGUAUCUGUUCCGAGCUUCUGCUGUGUUUAUCUAUACCGGCGGAAACUCAACCUAUGGAAACCAUGCAAUUUGUCAUGGGGUUGACAGCCUAGUUUGAAAGACUGAUGACCGUCCAGAGACCCUAGAUCUAGUCAAGCAACACAACUUCAGCAGCACAAUAGACCGGACCUCGAAAGUAAGU